GUUGUUUGGCUCGGGAAAGCUGGAGCGCAAAAUUAUCGUUUGGCUGUAAGCGAAAUCAAAAACCAACUACAAAAAAAACAAAAAAAAAAAAAAACAAUCAAAUAAAAUGGCUGUCAAACUGUUGGCCUUCAUUAUACUCGUUUUGGCUUCUAUAACCGUCAAUGCCCAAAGUCAACCAAACAAUCUGAAUAAAUUCAUUGGUCAGGCUUUUGACGAAAUCGUGGUGUCGUCGCACGAAAUAAGCGUCCUGCGUAAAGCAAAGGAAAAUCGGCAGGGCAAGCAACUGUUAACAAACGUGCCGUCAGGAACAACCAGUUCGCCCCACAAGUUGACGCCUCUUGCGCCCACACUAGUAUCGAACGACGGGACCGGCGAAAUAUCUGACAGGAAACGAAAGAGAAUGGCUCGAGGGGCCGACAAAAG